UCUUAAGCGAUCUUCGCAUUUGCCACGAUGCGCAGUGCUCGAGUCUCAUUUGAUUCCGUGAAUUGACCAGGACCGCUGCGUCUCCCUUGCGUCUCUCCCCCACGCCUUGGCUUACCAGGACUCAUCAUUACUUGGGAACAACAUGAGAGUGUUUUCACACUAUCCUACGAAAUCCGCUGCAGAGGUGAAUGCGAACAGCUAUCAUCAUAUCGUUGUUGGUGGCGGGACUGCCGGAUGCGUUCUUGCGUCGCGGUUGAGUGAAGAUCCUAAGCAAAUGGUCCUCCUCAUUGAACGUGGACCAGUUGUUGAUAGUUGGAUUUCUCAAGUUCCUCUCAUAUCCAGCAACUUCCAGGACCAAAGAGCGCCGGUUUACAAAUGGCAGUCUGCACCAAUGCGAGGAAUAGGUGGGAAAAGUCUUAGUCUUGCGGCGGGGAAGGCUCUUGGUGGCACGACUAAAGUUAACGGUCUCAUCUACUCUCGAUCUGCACCUGGGGAAUAUAACGCCUGGAAAGACGCUGGAAGAAAAAAGUGGAGCUGGCAGGACGUCGAACCCUUUUUCAAGAAAAGUGAACAUUCUCUUUCGCAUAGUCAAGCCAUUGGUCGUGGUACCCAAGGUGUCAUAUUAUGCAGUGAUAAAUCAACGAACAUGUUUCAAGCAAAUUCUUUAGGAUCGUGGGUCAAUCAAAAUGUCCAAACGGAGCAGUUCGAUAUUGUGCAGAAGAAUAUCGAUAUGACCACAAGAUUCAAUAUCCCACGCGUUUCGAUGGCAAACGACUCUUCUUCUCCAAAUGUUGCAUGCACUCCUCAAGAUGCGACAAUAUACUCCAAUGGCCAUCGAUGCUCGACGGAAGUUGCAUUCCUACCGAAAACUCUUGUAUCCAAUAGGAAGAAUUUAAGCAUCUGCACCGGUGCUAUCGUUACUGCGCUCGACAUUCGUCAAGGAGAAGAUGGCCAUCUUCGAGCUGUUGGAGUUUGUUUUUCCCCUGAUUCUGGCCAUCUGGAUCACAAGUAUUCAGCAUUUGCUAUACGAGAAGUGAUACUUUGUGCGGGGGCAAUUGUCUCGCCCCAGCUUCUGUUACUGAGCGGGAUAGGUCCGAGAGAACACUUGGAACAGGUCCAGAUCCCUGUUUUGAAAAACCUUCCAGGUGUAGGUCAGUGUCUACAGGAUCAUAUUUCUGUACCUCUGCUGUACAAGGUACCGCUGAAAGACGCUGUCGAAGGUGUGUUGCUGGGCAGCCCAUUACGGGCAGCGACCGAAUUCCUUAAAUACGCAAUAUUCGGCAAAGGGUUGUUAUCCCAACAAGUUCAACAAUUCAACAUUACUCUUCCUUCAGCGUUACUAGAUGAACAAUCUCGUAUCCCUUCAGACACUCCAGAGACUCAACUCGAUGCUCAAGACCCUCAAAAUAUUCCCGAUAUUGAGGUUAUGUUCCUCCCAGUGAACCCGACGAACCGUACUUUCCAAGGCCUAGGAAGAUCUUUUGGAAUCUUCUCAUACUUAUGCACAGUCUUACGCCCUCAGUCGCACGGGUCGCUCCGUUUAUCGUCUUCUAACCCUCGCGAUCGACCUCGCUGUGACCUUGGUAUGUUCAACGACAAUGUCGAUCGCCUCCCUCUUAGGAAAGCAUUGAAGCUAGCACUGGCACUUGCGCAAGAAGUGCGUAAAACCGGGUAUCCAUUGGAGGACCUUUCCAUCCCUGAAGAUACUACUGAUGAAAGGUUGGACGAAUUUUCCAAUCAAAAUGUGAUGUCAACGUUUCACUAUUCCUCCUCGUGUCGAAUGGAUACAGAAGAGAACCUAGGUGUCGUAGACGACGAGCUGAGGGUACAUGGUGUUGCUGGUUUGCGAAUCGCAGACGCUAGUAUUUUUCCGCGUGUUCCGGCUUGCCACAUACAGGCUCCAGUAGUCAUGGUCGCUGAGAGAUGCGCAGCAUUCAUUCAUGCAAACACUGUGUCUACAUAGGUCAUUCCGAAGGUCACUAUGGGAAAUAUGAAGAGUUUCAGAAAUGGAAGUCUAUGUAUCAAUCAUGUUUUAAAAGCAUCAUGUUGUAAAAGCCGACAUCUCCCUACUCGGCGAGACCCACCGUGCAUCUACAUGGCAUGAUGAACACAAGCCUCCUCAUCGACAAUGUGCCGAAUGUCCAUGCAGUGGCCGUGUACGGAUGUAAUUUAUAGCCCCUUGUAUGAUCCAGAGACUCGCAGAGCAAUCCUCAAAUCUACAAUAAAGGUUUUUACGAUGUAGUAACGAUCUUCGUGUUUAUGAUGAAACCCAGAAAGACCCGCAGAAAACCUGCAACAGCUGCCACUGGAU